AUGAAGCUAGUUCAUGGCCCUGUAUCCAUAAUUAAUACUGCAUCGUGGUGGUGGAUCCGCGCACUUUGUGAACAUGCCCCUCGCCUCCUUGCAGCAGCCCCUUAUGCCAACCCAACCAACUUGAUUCAAUCUCUGCUCUGCGAAGCUGUCCGGCACCGCCAUCAUCAGCAGGUCUGUCAGUCAUCAACGCCCUUGAUGGGAGCCAACGAGUUGGAAGCUGAUUCGCUUAGACUUAACCAUCGAAGUCGCCUGCUCAGUUGUGAUUUUAUGGGUAGCUCGCUUGAUUCGGCAGUGCUCUCCGUGGAUGACGAGCAUCCGACCGGUUAUACUGGCCAGGAGGUCAGGCUGACAUGUUUCCCUAUUGUUAUCUCAGUUAUUAUGGUUGGCAGAAUAUAA